AUGAGCUUCAAUGACUUCCUAAAUUCUAUAAUACAAAAGCUUGGGCUGCAAGGCGUAAAACGGGUUGAGAAGUUAUUCUAUCGCAUUCCGAUCUCAGUGUUGCGAGAUGACAUGAAGUACGAUUCGUUCGUCAUAGGGAGUGACGAGGAUUUGGAGGUCCUGUUCCAUUGUCAUCGGCAGUAUCCCGAAGUUAGGACAGCUGAGUUGUUGGCAAAGCUGAUUGAUGUGGUCUCUAACAUAGGAGGUUCGAACCGGAAUACCCAAACUCCAGGUACGGCAGCCGGUUCUAGUUCGAGACAUGUUGGUGCAUCUUCAUCUGUGCCUGUGAUUGCACCUCAGGACGAGCCUGUGGCCUCCCCGUCGUUCACCGUUGAUCUCAACCGCAGUGGUGGCGGCGAGGUUGGUAUCGUUGAUAGGGUGCCGAUUUUCUUACAGUGUGGGGCACCGGCUAGUAUGGAUGAUGCAUUGCCGGAUGAUGAUGACGCUGAUGAUGUGGAGUCGGACAUCAUUGCUGAUGAUAGUGGUGAUGACAUUACAGCGAGUAAUCUAGUUGGGGCUAGCGGCGGUUCUAGCUCUGGGACUCAGCAGUACCCUCCGUACUUUUCAUCCUUGGACUUGGAUGCCAUGAGACAGGAGGGGGUUGCUAGGGAACCCACUAGAUUUGGUGCUAGAGAUACCCAUAGAACCGGAGGUCUUUUAAAGUUUCAGGUUGGUCAGCGAUUUCAGGAUAAAGAGGAGGCUGUGUUAAGCAUGAGGACAUAUAGCAUCCGACGCGGGGUACAGUACAAAGUGGUGGACUCCGAUUAUCGCAAGUACCUUGGGAAGUGUACUGAAUUUGGGAAAGGGUGCACAUGGUUGAUUAGGAUCAGUCUCCACCAACGCAAGGGUAUUUGGGAGGUAAAACAGUACAACAGACCUCAUACUUGUCUGGCAACGUCGAUCUCGAGCGAUCACAGGAGUCUUGAUUAUCAUGUGAUCUCGGCCUUCAUCAUGCCAAUGGUUAGAGCUGUUGUCCUUACUUCUUGCACUAUCCUAUUUAUUUGUGACCACUAA